AGGGGAAUGUGUUUUGGCCAUUUUGGCGGCCUAAACCCCCCAUCUCCCCUACCCCCCGCGGGUUUUUCGCUUCUGAUUUGGAUAGAGGCUCGAAACUUCUACUUCAUAUUGCUUCUUAUCUAUGUUUUGUUAAGUUAUCGACGCCAUUUGAUGCUUAUGCAGCAGAGCUUUAGGAUUGUUCAUUGUUGCCGGUCUUAUGGUGUCUUGUCAUCGGUCUCAUGGUGUUCCAUAUGUUACUAUACUGGUUGGUCAGCUUGAUGGAUUUCGACGAGUAUGAUUAUUUAGAGAAAACGGUUGAAAAUCCCGAGGGUUACAAGGAUUCUUCUACUGUUGAUGAUCAUAGAAAAAGCUCAAAGCGUGGGGCUGAUGCAGAUGAACCCACUGUGGAGAACAGGACCAAGAGAGCGAAAUCUGAGGAAGAAAGUGGAGAUAGAUCGAAGCAUAGAAGCAGCAAAGAGAUUUAUGAGAGAAAUGGGAGGUCAAGGGAUCAUGACAGAGAGAGAGAGAAAGUACGGGAGCGUGACCGUGAUCGUGAUCGUGACCGUGAUGGUGAAAGGGAUAGGGAGAAGGAGAGAGAAAGGGAUAGGGAGAAGGAGAGAGAAAGGGAUAGGGAGAAGGAGAGAGAAAGGGAUAGGGAGAAGGAGAGAGAAAGAGAUAGGGAGAAGGAGAGAGAAAGAGAUAAGGAGAGAGAAAGGGUUAGGGAUAAGGAGAGAGAAAGGGAUAGGGAAAAGGACCGAGAAAGGGAUAGGGAAAAGGACAGAGAAAAGGAUAGGGAAAGAGAAAGAGAAAGAGAAAGGGAAAGAGAAAGGGACAGGGAAAAGGAGAAGGAGAAAGAGAAGGAGAAGGAGAAGGAGAGAGAAAGGGAGAGGGAUCGGGAAAGGGAACAGGAGAGGUCGCGUAGGAGCAGCAGUCGGUCGGGAAGGUAUGAGAGGGAGAGGGACCGAGGAAAGAGUAGAGACAUGGAGGAAAGAGAAAGAGAGAGAGAGAGGGAAAGAGAAAAAGAAAGGGAGCUCGAGUUAAGGGAGAGAGAGAUGAGGCGUCUCAAAGAAAAGAAAGAAGUGGUGGAACCAGAAGCUGAUCCAGAGCGCGAUCAGAGGACUGUCUUUGCUUACCAGAUGCCAUUGAAGGCGAAUGAGAGGGAUGUAUAUGAGUUUUUCUCAAGGGCAGGCAAGGUAAGGGAUGUUCGGCUGAUUAUGGACCGGAACUCCAGACGCUCAAAAGGAGUUGGGUAUAUCGAGUUUUAUGACGCCAUGUCAGUUCCUAUGGCAAUUGCUCUUUCUGGUCAGCUGCUUCUUGGUCAGCCUGUAAUGGUUAAGCCAUCUGAGGCCGAAAAGAAUCUUGUACAAUCAACAGCUUCUGCUGGGGGAGCAGCUGGUCUUGCUGGGGUGGCCAGAAAACUUUAUGUCGGGAAUCUACACUUCAACAUGACUGAGGAUCAGCUCCGACAGGUAUUUGAACCUUUUGGUCCCGUGGAGCUUGUUCAAUUACCCCUUGAUCUUGAGACAGGGCAGUGCAAAGGUUUUGGGUUUGUUCAGUUUGCUCAACUGGAGCAUGCAAAAGCUGCUCAAAGUUUGAAUGGGAAGCUGGAAAUUGCUGGCAGGGUUAUCAAGGUGUCUGCUGUGACAGAUCAUGUUGGAGGGCAGGAUGUAGUGGCAACAGCAGGUGACCUCGAUGAUGAUGAUGGUGGUGGCCUUUCUCUCAAUGCUCGCUCCAGAGCCCUACUCAUGCAGAAAUUGGAUCGUACUGGCACUGCCACGAGUAUAGCGGCUUCUCUCCCAACACCUGUACUGAAUGGUCCAGUUCUAAGUCAACCGACUGUAGGCCUUCCAAUGAUGGGACCUACUGGUGUUUUAGGUGCUCUCUCUGCAACAGCAGUCACUGCUCCUGUGGUUGACUCCCUUGGGGUCCCUAGCGAGUGCCUUUUACUUAAGAAUAUGUUUGAUCCAUCCACUGAGACUGAUCCAGAAUUUGAUUUGGAGAUAAAGGAGCAAGUUGCUGAUGAGUGUUCGAGAUUUGGCUCCGUGAAGCAUAUCCAUGUGGACAAAUACAAUCCAGGAGGCCAUGUAUAUUUGCGGUUUGACAGUGCAGCUUCAGCAAUUAAUGCACAACGUGGCUUGCAUGGCCGAUGGUUUGCACAGAAAAUGAUCUCCGCUACAUUCAUCCCCCCUCAGCAAUACGAGGCAAAGUUUUCGGGAGGCAUUUAAGGGGUUGCUGAGUUUCCACCAAGACAUCUCCAAUUGGGUAUCAGUUGCAAUUUGUAUUGAUCUAGCACCAGUUUAUAUAUAUGUAUAUCCUUAGAGGGCUGCAUAUGAUGAGCUUAAAAAACUACAGCCAAGACAGAAGAACCCAUAGGAACUGUACACAUUUGUGAAUGGUUGAUCUGCGGUAUUAUGGUGAGAGUUGGAUUUUAGUUGACCAGUGUUAUUUUGGUGAGAGUUGGCAGAAUAUCAGGUCUGGGGUUUUGUUUGGUUGGUGGAAAGAAUGACAAGUAUAAGAUGUUGAACCCAAGAAUAAUCUUGUCUUGGGUAAUGAUUGAUUCAUAGUAACACUAUUUUUAGUUUGGUUUUGACAACAGGUUUUCAUAUUCAACUAAAUGGAGUGCAUCUCAUUUUUGCUGCCUUAA